AUGCCCGAGUCCACCGCAUCCAGCCCUGCUUCAUCGGGCGAUGGCGGCGAGGCCGAUUUUGAGCUUCCCGCCAACUUCACUGACACAUACUUCUUCCCGGCCUUUGGGCAGCUCCAGUCAGAGUACCAUGUCGGCCAACCAAUCUACGAAGAUGGAGAGACCUGGUGUCUUUUAGCUGAGAUCGAUGCGGCCUCCACAUCGGCUGGGAACCCCUUUUGUAUGGUGUGCCAUGACAGACACGGAGACAACUUCAUCAUUGGCUUCGACUUGAGCAAGGGGUUACGAUUCGCCCCUAGCCAGUUCAAGAUCGGCUAUACCAUCGCCGUCGUGUACGCCAAGAGGCACAAUUUUCUUGAUAAUACCAAGGGGAUCCGAGUUGCGGACCUUGCGACUUGCCAUGCUUUUCCCUUCAAGCUCGAUGAGCUACUCGGCGUUAGCAAAAGGCUGUGCGACUAUUGGGAUACUUUGGACGAGGACGGCCGAACGAAGAGGUGCUACGCUUGUGGGAAGGAAGCGAGGAAGCUGGAGGAAUGUGGUAGCUGUUCUUUCUUCUUCUAUUGCAAUGAGGACUGCCGCAAAGUUGGCUGGGAAGAAAAGAAACACAAAAUGGACUGCCAGGUUCUCAAAGAUCGUAACAUGAAGGCAUUGCUUGGAAUCAGCUCCAGGGAUACUAUGGAAGAAACCAGGUUUGAGUUCCCUGGCUAG